AUGAUGUCGUCGAUAUAUCGACAAAAUCCAUCUAGGGACACUCACUUGCCCUCUGCAUUAUCCAUCUAUAACUCCUUGACAGGUGACAAGUCUGUUGCCAGUGCCUACCAAUUUAGCAAUUUGGAGGCUUUGAAACAGUUCAUCAGCUCGUCGUUCAAUAUUGCCGUGGAAAACCUGUUCUUGUUGACCCCCUUUGGCAUCAAACUCAAGUUCUCAAUGGUGGUUCACGAGGAAAUCGCAGAAAUAUACGUCUUUGAUAGACGCUACUUCAACGUCAACAACAUCGAGUCCUCGGAUAACUUGUCCGGGUUGAAAGAUCUGGUCCAGGAAUUGAACCAGACAAAUCUGAUCAAUAUGAUCAAACCCCUAUCUUCCCCCAUUCUUUCUGAUGAACUGGCUAUAUUUGUGGAGAAACUGUCCCUGGUGCUCGAAAACACUCGAAAUAUCAAAGCUGUCGAUAUCAACCUCAACAACUUGCGGCUGCUUCUGAACUCGCUCAAGCGGAACUCGGGUUGGGCAUCUGCUCUUUUAUCAGAUUUCAAAAAAACAGUCGCAUUCGAUGAAAGCACGCCUGAAGACGACGACCUCGAGGUGAUUCUCACAUCGCUGAACGUUCUGAUCCAGUACGUCGGUCUGGUGUUCAAGUCGCUCGAGAAAAAGUUCAACGACUCAAUUGACACCCUGCUUUUGCUCCAAACCAACACACUGGUGGAUCAAUGGGAAGACCAGUACAGAAACCUCCAAAAGAUCAGUUUUGGAUUCAAGACUACCUCCAACACCCGCGAAAAACUUACUCUCAGUCAGCUGGUCAAUGAGUCCCAUCUGAAAACAAGUGCUUCCGAAUCUCGCAAACUCAACAAAGCUAUCAACGAAAGACUGAUUCUGCUACGCGGCAAGAUCGAGAGCGAGAUCAUUGUCCCACGGCAGGAUCUUUCUAAGGAAUAUGACGAAUACGUUGCCCAGUACAUGCGGCCAGAAACAGACACAACGAGCAAGUCUAAGAAAAUUGAGGAUUGCAAACGCAUCUUGGCAGAACUUGAGACUUACGUUAGCAGACUCAUAAACGCAUCGUCUUCGUUACCAUCCUUUGAAGAACUCAUUACAACGUCCAGCCAGACCUCGGCAAAUUUGUCAACUGCGUCUGUCACGAACAUCAAGAAACUCAUUGAGCUCUACCGAUUCCAUCAGACAGACCUCGUUCCUCAAAUUUCGAAUCUGGCUGACCGGUUGUACCAGAUCCAAGUCAACAAGCUCAACUCGAGGAAAGAGUUGCAGACGAAGCUGAUUUCCUCCACUUUGAUCACAGUCACGAAAAUACAACUGAACAUCAUGAAACUCACCAGCGUUUUGAACACAGACAUAUCAAAAACCAUUGGAAGCAUCAAAGACCACGAGCUCCAACUAUCUGUUGUCACAGACCUACCACUGAUAUUUGGAAUUUACGCCAUUGCUAACCUCAACAAUCUCAAGUAUGGUAUCUCGCUCAAAACGUUGGUGAAGAGAGCCAAUGAGAUCUUUGAGAUGUUGCGGUUCAUGGAGUCCAAGAACAGGGCAAGGUGGCUGCGUGAGUUUCUGGCCAGCAGUGGAGGAGAGAAACUCGAAUUUUUGAGCAUGGAUGAAGAAGAGAAGAAACGGUUUAUUUAUGAUAAUCUGUUUGCAUAUAAGCUGGAGCCUGUGGAAACUGCUCCGCGCAGAGAAACGAGUCCCCCUGCUAACCAGCAACAACCCUUGAGUCCAGUGAGUCCUCACGAGAAUAAUUACCUGACUUCGAUUAACAAGCUCCUUCACAACAUCAACGGUUUCCCAAUAACAUCAAAGCCAAUUGCUACUGAUCUUCCAAAGCAGAGAGAGACAAACAUUUUUAUCAACCUGUCAAAAUAUGUGACUGUGAACGAUAUUAUUGAUUACAUCUCUUCACUAAAGAGUGCUGGAAUUGACCCGAACAUUAUCAAUAAACUGGAGGAGUGUUUGAGAGAUUUCGGUUUAACGUACAACGAGUCCGGCAAGAAGACUAUCAGCACCGAGGACGGUGAGGAAGUUGUCGUUAAAGGUGGAAAUAUGGGAGACUUGGGCACUUUUGAUGCGUCUGAUGUGAGUUUCAUGCGAUUGUUCAAGAAGUUUAUCAAGAACUUUGAGUCGGAAGGAAUCGAGAUCAGUAUCGGGUCAAGGAAGGAAGAUUCGUCUGCAAAUGAAGAGCUGAUCAAAGGGUACGAAAGAAGAAUCAAGAAGCUGGAGAAUUUGCUUCAUGCGCGUAAUUUCCAGCAAUUCAACGACCAAUGGUCUCAUCGGAACCGACCAGUUCACACGCUUCCAAAUCCAGUUAGUCGUCGCCAGUCGGACUCUUCACCAGAUCCUGUUGGACAAGACAAUACGAUUCUGUUUGAUGAUAAUGUUAGGCUUGGAAGAAAGAUGAUUGAAAUUCCACCAAGCCACUACGGCGAGCGAAUUGAAAAGUUGGAGAAAGAGCGCGACGAGCUCAAGAAGGAGCUGGAGGCCUACAAGAGUGGCUCUGAAGCUUCUGAGGUGGAGAAGCUCAAGAAGGAGCUGGACGAACUGAAGCAGGCUAGUGCUAAAAAGGAUGCAAAGAUUGAGUCUCUGGAGAAGGAAAACACAGAGUUCAAGGAAUCGAACGAGAAACUCACCAAGUCCAACAAGAAGUUGGAGACUCUGUGCUCCGAGCUGAAAAACAUGAAGUCUGAUCUUCUUGAAAACAUGUCGCAAAAAGAGACAGAGUUCACAAAGGAAUCGAGAGUGAAUCAAGAGGAGCUGAACGAGCUGAGAUUGAAGGUUGAGGAGCUUGAAGAAGAUGAGUCAAAUCUUGUGAAUGUAAACAAGUCGCUAAACGAGAGACUCAUUUCGAAAGACCAGUUGCUUUGCGGUCUGUACGAGCUUAUCCAAGCGUCAUACAACAAGCUGAACCAAUUGAGCGGAGAGAUCUUUGGCAACCUCACAAGAGUGUGUUUGUUACUGGAGUCUAUUGGGCUAUUGCUGGUCAGAGAAACCACAUCGGUGGAGGACCAGCCAGGUCUUCUGACGAUUAAAAGAGUGAAAGGUCUAAGAAGUCGCAAGAGACAGAUCAAACAGUCCAACGACUCGACCAACAACAAUCUCAGUCUGAUCAACGAUACUCUGGAAGACACUGAUCAGAUCGAUAAUGCGCUGAUGGAGGUUGUUUCGAGCGAGGUUGUUCCUGAGGCAGAGCAGUAUCUCCACUGGGUGGAUAUGAAUGUCUUGAAUUACACCAUUUCUUCUGAUUUGGGCAUCGACGAGGAGAUUGUCAGCACCAAGAAAGAGGACGGGUCUGUGAUUGACAUGAGUCUUUGCGAGGAGAGCUCAAUUGAGAAAAAGGUGAAGAAGCUGAUCAGCAACUACGAGAGCUUGAACAUUGAAAAAGGAUUCCAGAACUUUUUGCGGUUCAACCACAUCGAUAGCGAACUGGUCGUUGAACGAGUGUAUCGUCGGUUCAACGACGUGGAGACCCUCGCAAGGAAAUUGCAAAAGGACAAGAAUCAGCAGAAACAGGAGCUGAAGGCGCUGACGACCGAACUGGACGGCAAGAUUGCGUUCCGCAACUUUAAAGUUGGGGAUCUUGUUCUCUUCCUUAAAACACUUACGCCAGCCAGCGAGGAAACAAAUGGCGACGAAGAACAGCCGUGGGCUGCAUUCAACUUUGGCAGCCCGAACUACUAUCUGAAGAACAGCAAGGACGGCGACGGGUACAUCGACUUGAGCGACCGGGACUGGCUUGUUGGACGGAUUUCGCGGAUCGAGUCGAAAGUCGUCAACGACCAGAACUUUGGCGACAAGAGCAGCAAUCCGUUCAAGCUGGCGCGGUCCACGGCGUGGUAUUAUGUGGAGGCACGUGAGGUGAAGGAAUGA